UUGUGAAAGCUCCGAAUAACACGACCCGACGAAACUCCUGCAAGAAGUCGGUUACCUUCACAAGACAAUAACCUGAAUGUUCAUUCUUCCACUCCAAAACAGAAACCCUAGAUCAACCACCUCUCAAAACCCUAACAACAAUGGCUACCGGUUGGAAGAAAUCAUUAGGUAAUAUCCGUUCCGCCGUCGGAAAUGCAAUGGGCGGUCUUCGAGGCGGAAGCAACCUCGCAUCCUGGGUGGUUGCCGGAACCCUAGCAUACUUUUUGUGGAUCAAACCGUCACAAGAGCUCAAACGAGAACAAGAAGAGAGAGCUGCAAUUGCGGCAGCGUCUGAUCGGUAUCGGUAUGUUGAGAAAGUGAAACCGGUUCCGGAUCUUCAGGAAACAGGGCUAAUUUAUGGGAACAAAACUAAAAGUAAUAAUAAUACUGAAAAGUGAAGGAGGCAUUUCUGGAAGAGGUUUGUAGUAUACGGUGGUUAUGAAACUUAAUUAUGGUGUUAAAUUUUAUAAAGUUUUUGGAGAGAAAAGUUUAUAGUUAUUCAGUUUGCAGAUAAGUUCUGCAUUGUAAUAAUGUUCAUGUAUGAGUACCAAAUUUAUACAUAUGAAAUGGUAAUUGUUUAUUCUACUGUGUA